CCCUCCCCUCACCCCACCUUCCUCUCCUUCCCUCCCUUCAUCUUCUUCGUUUUCUUCUCGCUCGGUUCUUUCAUCUCCACCUGUAGCCGUCUCACAAUGGCUCGCUUUGGUUUCUUGUCUCUGGCUCUUCUCUCCGUCCAGGCCUUGAUCGGCGGCGGUCUCGCGGCUGAUGCUGUUGCGAAGGAGGAGGCUCCCCAGACCCCCAACCUUGCUGUCACCGCGGACGCUGCUUUCCCUGCCUCUGAGUUCUUCGGCGUGAAGCUGGUCAAUGGCCACCCGACCCAGGCUCUGGUCACUUUUUCCAACGAUGAGCCCAACCCGGUGACGGUCAACUUCAUUGGAGGCUCGCUGUGGUCUCUGGGUGAGGAAGAGAACCGCAUUGUUCGCAACCUGACCGCCCACAGUUACAGCCUCGAGAUCCCGGCUGGGGAGAAGGAGAGCGUGAACUUCAACUUCGCCAUCGAGAUGCACCCCCAGGACUUGAGACUCGAGCUUGCUUCCGUCAUCUCCGAUAUCGAGGGUAACGUCUACACUCUGUACACCUUCAACGGCACCGUCACUGUGGUUGAGCCCGAGACUAGCAUCUUCGACCCUCAGAUCAUCUUCUUGUACUUCUUCCUGUUGGCCUGCUUCUCCGGUGUCGUCUACUUCUUCUAUACCGUCUGGAUCGCCCCCUACUUCCCCCAGAAGCGUCGCGCUGGCAAGGCCCCUGAGACCGCCAAGAAGACCACUGGUGUGGCCAAGAAGGAGGAGAUCUCCGUCGAGGGUCCGGCCGUUACCUCUGCUACCACCUACAAUGCUGACUGGAUCCCCGCCCACCACAUCAACCGCCCUGAGGCCCGGAAGGUGAAGGGCAGCAGCUCCCGCUCCAAGAGCCGUGCUUAAAUGGCUCUGGUGGCAUUGUGAACGGUGGCUGUGUAAGAUGAAGUUAUAGGAAGGUUUUAAUGCUCGUUGAGGGGACCUUGAGUGGUUCCUUCCUCGAGUCUGACGAUAGGAUAUAAACCAGUUGGCAGGUAUGAUCGCUGAGAACGUGAUCGGUCGACUGCUAUUCCUGUCCUUUCAAUUUUGCGUGUACAUCUAUGUCCACAUUCUAUCUAGGCAAUCGACGCUCUCGCAGCUUAGGCUUUCGGAGGCUCUAUUAGCAAAACCCAAGGAUGACCAAU